ACUUGCUGUUUUGCUUUUCUUGGUUAUUUCAACAUUUACAAAUCUAUGCACAAUACUACAAAUCAAGCACAAAUUUUCAAUUCGAGUGUGUUUAAAUUUAUGAAAUUUACUCAUAAGUCAUAAAUUAUUGAACAUACUAUAAUGUUAACUAGAUUGCAAAUGUUUAGACGGGACUUCAGAAUUUUUAUUCGUUGCCUAUCCGAUCAAGCCUCGGACAAUAAUGGGCAACCUCCGGAAUCAAAAGCCGUAGGGAAAAAUGUGGAAAAGAAGAAUUUAGACAAAAACACAGAAAAAAUUCAAGAAUUAUUGAAACAAAUGCUAACACCCCCAAAGAUAUCUGAAAAAGAAUACAGUGAAAAAUUUGCUACGGCUCCUGAAAGACCUAGCAAAAGAAAACUAGCCUCUGAUGAGAUAGAAAUGAAGAUUGAGAAAAUAGAGGAAAGUAUAACUAAAGCUGCUGGAGAUGUAGCUCAGGCUAUAGGUGGUGAUGUGAAACAAACUGAAGCAGAGUUGUUGUCAAAGGUCCUUGGCAAAAUAAACCAAACAUCCACAUCCUUAAGUGACCUUUUAAUUGGUAUGAAGGUGGAUCGCACAAAAGAAAGUGAAACACAACCAUUGUCAAGAGGUCAGCAAGUUAAGCGCCUUAUUGAAAAACCUACAACAGACAAUAGACCCAAGACUAGAUAUCUGCAAAGGAUGAAAAAGGAUACUGAUGAUUCAUUGAAAUCAAGAAUAGGUGCAGUCCAAGCCACAAAAAUCAACUUAUUUGAUGGUGAACCACUAGGCAUAUUUAAAAGCAAAGCACCCAACUAUGGCACCAAGCUGGAUACAUGGGAAUCACUGAAAGAGAGGGAAUUAACUUUGGCAACAUCACAACCACCAGCAAACUAUUUCCAAAAAAUGAUAUUGUGGACUGAACAAGGAAAAGUUUGGAAAUUUCCAAUUGACAAUGAACAAGGUUUAGAAGAAGAACAGAAUGUCCAUUUCUCUGAACAUGUGUUUCUUGACACACAUCUUGAAGGUUGGUGUCCAAAGAAGGGGCCUAUCAGACACUUCAUGGAAUUAGUCUGUGUUGGACUAUCGAAAAAUGCUUUUUAUACAGUUAAAGAAAAGCAGGAACACAUAAUGUGGUACAAGGACUAUUUUGAAUCUAAGAAAGAUUUACUCACCGAAGUAGGAGCUUGGGAUACUCAACCUAUUAAGAAUGAGGCUUCACCAUCAAACCAAUGUUAGAAACCUCAUACAUAUAGUUUAUGGUUUUAGUGUAAAAAGGUAAUUUAAAAUAAAACAAAUAAACCUCAUUAUUCCACUUUAUUGCACCUAGAGAAGUACACUUCGUUGCUAACAUUCGAUAAUUCAAAUAAAUGUGAUUUUACCCAUAACAUUCGAAUCCCUUACAAUUUAGUGGGCAUGCAAAUAUGCAAGUUUCAGAAUUACUUAGCAAGUAUUCAAUCUUUACCUUACCUCUAAAUUACGACAUUUCAAUUUUCGUUGUUUAUAAUCUACUAAUUGUACAGUAGACUUAUCAAUCUACUCCCACAUUAUUUGCGGACGUGAAAGGGAUACAGGGAAUAUACAUAAAUACAUUAUACAUAUAAACACAUCUUCGAUGUCGAUAUGACUAUAGAAUGCUGCCUAUCAUUAUGAUUAUUACUACAAGUAACUAUCCAAUCAUUUGUCCAUAAUGUAAAAAGGAACUCAUUACAUCUAAGUACGUACUCUUAUAUUAAAUCAUCGUAUACAUUAAAAGCCUCAAAAAUGUUUCAAAUUAAGAAGAAAACAAUCAAAAUAAUUUCACUUAAAAAAAAUCACAUCAAUUUGUACAAAUAUUACGUGUUUUAAUAUGUACAUAGUUUGUGCGAUCCGUUGAUUAUACAUUCGAGAUUAUUGCUAACAUAAAACGCAACACGAGGCUUUUAAUAAGCGGAAUGGACGUCAUUAACAUCAAUUAAAAUUAAGUUAACAACAAAACUAUCGUUAUAAAAUAAAUGUACCGACUACUUACAUUAAAGUUAAAGCAGUAUGUUAUAUAUCAACAGGUGUAUGAGUAUUGUUUCAAUCAACAAUCGGAUAUAAUAAGAUAAAAUGUCCCGCCCGCAUUCCCAUAUACACUACAACGCCAGUAUAUUAUAAUAAAACAACAAUUAUUUAUUAGUACCAAACGGCGGAAGACUAAAGAAGGAAGAUAGUCACAAUUUACAAUGUAAUAUAAAUAAUAUAUCAAAUACAUACUAACAUAUUGAAGUUAUAUAAUUUGGCAAGAUUACAUACAAUUGACAUGACGUUGGAAAGAUAUCUCCUAAUAUUAAUUAAGAUUAAUUUAAAGAAAAUACAUAAUGUAAUUGACUUAUUUACGUGAGGUAACCUUGCUGGUUACGUUACACUAAUUCUAAACUGGAAUCAUUGAACAAACUGGAAUGGUUUAAUCACAGUACGAACUUGUAACAAUAAUUUUCAUAAUAAGUAAA